AUGUCAGCCACUCAUGAGGCCCCACCACCAAUUCCUCCAAAACCAAGUAGUCAAGGAAGACCUCAAAAUGCCAAUGACAUUGAUCAUUUAUUAAAUUUGAUUGACGAAGAGUUAACAAUUUCACAGGAGACUUAUAAUCCUUCUCACGUAAACAAUCAUGGUUGGAACCAGACAGCUCCUUUAAAUGUAAUAAGUUCACCUUCAAUCGAACCGAUAAAUUUAAACCAUCGUUCAAGUAGGCUUAGCACAGAAAUAUCCUCUUCAAGCGUAGCAAAUCUUGCUCGGCGCACUUCUGGAACUUCUACAGCGUCAAAUCGUUCACAACAAAAUGCAGCUUCAUAUAAUGUUCAUCGUCCAUAUCAACAGCAAUACAGCUCACAACCACCUUAUUGUCCCUCGCAGCAACAGUCUUAUAAUACUAGUUCAAUGCCACAAGUUCAACAACCUUAUGGUAGUGCGCCAUUUUAUUCAAAUUAUAAUUAUUAUUCAAGCUUUCCUCGUGACCUUACCUCUCAGGGUUGGCCCACUUCAACUACGCAGCAGCAAUAUCCAAGCCCUCCUGCGAGACCGUUGCCGAACCCUCCAAUGUCAAACCCACCUUAUCAUUCUCCCUUACCAUAUGCUAAUCACCAAUAUAAUAAUAAUUAUGGAGGAAGUUACGCAACUUCUUCAAUUCCUGGAACAACUUCUAUUGUAAUGCCUGAUUUUCAUUCAUAUGCAUCAGUAACUCCUCCUCUCUCAUAUCAUAGCGAGCAGCAAAAUCAGACGCAAAGAAGUGUCCAAUCCAUACCGUCAGAAUAUGGUCAAUUAAUGCCAUUCCCUUCCGCUUCUGGGACCCCUUUAUCUUAUUCUUCAUAUCAAUCUCAAGUAAAAAAUCGGUAUUCGUUACGUAGUUCAAAUUCAAAUUCUAGUACAGCACCAGCAAAAAAAUCAUAUGCAAAUGGUAUCAAUGGUUUAAUGAAUCCAGCAUUACUAUCCAAUAUAGCAUUAGCUUUUCGUGCUACUGUAAACCUGGGUACCCAUGUAAAAGGUGCUUUGGAGUACCCAGAAAGUUUUACUGGUAUAGAUGCUGUGAACACCAUUUAUUCCCUCUUACCAUGUGAUAUUCCACGUCGCGUGGCUUUAUCUAUGGCCCGUUCAUUAGAAGCACAACUUUACUUCCACUCGAUCAAUUGGGCAACAAUUUCUGUUAUAAAUGACAAUAAAGAUGAGGUUUAUGCAUUCCUUAACCCUGACCCUGGAUCACCAACUCUAUGGGAAUGGGAUGAAGAUUUUCCCACCGGUGUAUUUCCCGCCGUUUCAAAGUGCUAUAGUCCACGCUGUGGUAUUGAUGGUAAAGGAUGUUAUUCCAGGACUUGUUCGAACUAUGUUCCUGGCGUGAAUGAGAUUAAACCUGAUCCUUCGCUUAUUCCCAGCACACCGGUUGAUCUAGUUGCAGGUCCCACUGAGUCACAGGUUCAAGCGGCACCACAGGAGCAACGUACUUGGAUAAGCUUGGUUCCGAAAGACAUAUUGGAUAGCGUUUCCAAAGAUGAGAAGAAACGUCAAGAAAUUAUAUUCGAAACUAUAUACACGGAAGAUGAUUAUGUAAAAGAUUUAGAUCUUUUAGAAACGCUAUAUGUUAAUGGGCUUCGUUCAUCCUCGCCUCCUAUAAUUCCACCACCAGAGCUUGAUCAUUUCAUUCAAGAAGUUUUUUUUAACGUUUUCGAAAUCAGAAAACACAACAAAGUCAUGCUAGAUCGCUUGCAAAAACUGCAGAAAGAAAAUUACGUAGUAAACAAUAUCGGUGAUAUAUUUUUAGAGUGUGCACUUGAGUUUGGAAAUGAUUACGUAAUAUAUAAUGGGCAUUUUCCUCUUUCUGAUAAUAUCAUAAAAAUCGAGAAAGCGAGAAACCCAGAAUUUAAACGUUUUUUGGAGCAAUGUACAAGAAAACCGGAAGCACGUAAACUUGAUUUCCGUCACUUUGUUCAAAGACCGACACAACGUUUACAACGGUACACAUUGUUACUUGAACAGAUUAUUAAAUACACGGCAGAUGAUAAUCAUGAUAAAGAAGUUUUGGAAAAUGCUUUGCAAAAAAUUCGAGAAUUAUGUAGGGAAAGUGAUAAUAGAGUUCACGAAGCUGAAAAACGAUUGAGAAUAGUAGAACUGGAACGGAAACUAGUGAAAAAGAACAGCGAUCCAUUUCCUGAGCUUAAGCUUUCGGAUUCAAACCGACAAUUAAUAUUUAAGGGGGAAUUACAAAAGAAGGCAGACUUGGGUCUCGAAUGGCUGGACCUUUAUGUUUUUCUUUUUGAUCAUUAUUUGGUGAUGACAAAACCAAAGAAAGAUAUGCUUAUUGUAGAUUCGGGCUCGGAUAAUAUUCAACCCAAUAAAUCCACAUUUUUCCCUAACCUUGGUAGCGCGCUUGAAAGUCGAAAAAGAACAAAUAGUAUGGGCCAAAAUUCAUCCGCCGCGCCUCUCGUUGCUGUUACCGAUCUUGAAGCACCCGAAAAUCUUUUAAGUCGACCGAGCUUACACUCUUUCACAAUUCUUCAUAUCGGUCGUAACGGAGGAACCUACCAGUUAUUUGCAGAUUCUGCUAAUACUCGUAGAAUGUGGAAAGAAAAAAUUGCAGAGGCACAAACCAAGCUUCAAUUAAAUAGGGCAAGUCAACAAGUCUUUGAAUUAUUUACAUUAAACGAUGCAACUUUCGGAACAGCUUCAAUUGCUACGCCUGGAGGAUCACAUUCAACGAAUGCAUCAAAGGUCAAAGUAACCUGCUCCGUACCUUUUGUUACCCCCGAAAAGCGUAACAUGGUUGCUAUUGGAACGGAAGAUGGUGUAUGGAUGGGUUUUGGAGGAGAAACUAAAACAUUUCGUCCAGUUUUGACUGGCAUAGGUAAUGUGAUGCAAAUGGCAGUGCUUGAAGAGUUCGGAAUUUUUGUUGUAUUAGUUGACAAAGCGCUAUGGGCUUAUUCAUUAGAGUCGUUGAUUCCAUCAUCCACAAGCAACAAUACAUCUGGCAGAACUCAGACUCGUCAAAGAUUAGCUAGCAGUAACAUUCAGUAUUUCAAUGUCGGCACUAUCAGGGAUCGUACUUUCCUUGUUUUCAUGAAAAAGAAAGGACUAGAAAGUCAUUUCAAGGUUUUAGAACCCAUUGGAACUACCGGCCAACGUAAGGGCAUGUUUCAGAUGCGGAAUGAUUGGUUCAAAGAAUAUAAGCAAUUUUAUGUUCCAUCAGAAUCUUAUUCAGUAAAUUUCUUGAGGUCAAAGUUAUGUGUCACUUGUACUCGCGGUUUUGAAAUCGUUAAUUUAGACACACUUCAAAAUGCAACAAUACCAGACCUUUCUCAUCCACAAUUCUCAACUAUCGCACGAAGAUGUGAAAAUUCCAAACCACUGGGGAUGUUUAGAUUAGAUGAAAAUGACUCUAAUGAAUUCCUGUUGUGUUAUGACGAAAUAUUCUUUUAUGUUGAUAAGCAUGGCGAAUUAUCACGGACUAUGGUAGUGCCAUGGGAAGGCAAGCCCGAAGCAGUUGCGUUACAAUUGCCAUAUGUCAUCGGCUUUAAUCCUUUAUUCAUUGAAAUUCGGGACGUGCAUAGUGGAGAAUUACGCCAAGUCAUUCCGGGCAAAAGUCUGCGAUGCUUGAAUGAUAAUUCUUCGGGUAGAAAUGCAAUUCAUGCAGUGAUGCAACAUCCUUUUAACGACACACAAUACGUCUUUCAAUUAGUAUUGGCUGAUAUAAGAAGAAGCGACAGUAUGAGAGGAACGCAUCGCUGA